AUGGUUGAACCAGGAUCGCCGCACAGGCUAUCAACCAUCACUCUCCGCGAGAUCACAGAAGACAACUGGCGGCCUGUGGCGAACCUCAUAGUGCUGCCAACACAACAAGGCAGCCUCGCACCAAAUCCAAUGUCAAUGGUCGAAGCCCACUAUUCGGAGGAUUCCUGGAUGCGGGCCGUAUUUCCGGACGAAACAAUCGUCGGCUUCCUGAUGAUGGCUUUGUGGCCGCCGACCGACGGCUAUGAUAUCUGGCGGUUCAUGAUCGACCAUCGCUAUCAACACUUGGGGUUUGGAAAAACUGUGGUGGGCAUGGCGAUUGAGCAUGUGAGGAAGACAUAUCCGUCUGCGAAGAGAAUAGGGGUAAUGUCUACGCCAAAGGAAGGGAGAGACACUGUCAAGGCCGAGGACUCGCCGUUCCUAUUCUACGAGAGGCUGGGCUUUCGGCAGACUGAGCCUCCAGAUGAAGAUGGCGACGUGAUGAUGAAGAUGGAUUUGUGA